CGCAUAACCGCCUGCUCGACCCCUCACCGACGCGCACAUAUCCACACACGACAUGGCUGACCAUGAGCCGGGAGCGUCCCAGGACGCUGAGCCCAAGCAGGAGGACGCCAACGCGCCCAUCAACAUUAAGGUGACGACCCAGACGGGCGAGGAGGUGUUUUUCAAGAUUAAGAGGAAUACGAAGCUCAGCAAGCUUCAAGGCGCAUACGCGAACAAGGUCGGCAAGGACGUGAGCAGCAUCCGAUUCCUCUACGACGGUGCUAGGAUAAGCGACGAGGACACACCAGCAUCUUUGGACAUGGAGGACAACGAUACGAUCGAUGUCAUGGUAGAACAGGUCGGAGGCUCGGCGUAACUCGGGGCUCUCCGUUACAGUUAUUCUCCAUCUUCCUCUUCGAAUGCCCUCGUGUAUCAUUGUGCUAUCCUCGUUUUGUUGUCGUACGUGAAGUCAUAAUUCAAUGUAUCAUUUCGCUGGU